AUGGAGCAUAAUUGGUACAUUCCAAAGGAAUACAACCCAACAAGGAAGGGAAAAAGAAAGCCAAGAGAUCUCAAUCUCGAAAGAAACGUCCUAAAAGUUAAGAACAGAAAAUAAAUGCAAAGGGAAAAGCAGAGUUGACUGAAUCCAGACGAGCUCUCAAGAGAGCUUGCUGAAUAAAACAAGACCUUGAAUAAUAGAGAGUGUGGAACACUCCCAUACGCCUCAAUUUAUCAUAAAGGACCAACCUUAUAUAAAAAGAGUCCAGAGGACAUUAUAUGAUGGCUCAGGAUCACGGUCAAUAGUUGAAAAUAUUGGCCCUAAAGAGAGGAUGAAGAUCAUUAGGUACCAACCUCAUCCGUUUGAAGGAAGAGAUGCUGUGCCAAUACAUCCUCCUCCCAACAUGGAUCAGACCUUCAGUCCACAUAAAAGAGUGAGGAAAGGAAACUGUCCCUAUCAGAGAGAUGGAAUAUGUAAAAAUGAGAGUGAAAGAGCUUUAGUUAGAUAUAGCAAUCUUAGGAAAGUUCCAAUGCCACAUUUUGAGAGAGAAAGGCCUCAUCAAAUAUACAAUACUUUGGACUCUUUAAAUGAUGAGAACCAAGAUUUACAAAGACAAAGAGAGCCUUAUCAUUCUUUAAGGAGACCUUGCAAGACACCUUUUCGAACACUGAAUCUUGGCUCAAUUGACAAUGAGAAAUAUAGAGACAAAAGGUCUAAAACUGUUCAUCCAAAAUACAAAAGACAUCGGUCAAGGAAAAGAAAGAGGAGGAAAUCAAAGAAGCAUGAUAAACAUAAAAACUCCCAGAAUAUUUCGUACAGAGAUUAUCAUGCCCAAAUCACAGAGAGAUCUCAGAAAAGGAGAUAUAGAAUGAGGACACCAGAUGAGAUCUAUGUGGAGAAAAAGCCUCAAAAGAAGAGUAAAACAAGGAGAAAGAAGAAAGUCAAAGGACUUAAUCCAGAUUUGUAUAAAAAGAGAAUGCAUCGAGUCAAAACUCACAAGUUUGAGUAUAAAAAGCCUAUUCCUCACAUAGAGGAGAAAAACAUGAGUCAAUUGCGGAUGAGAGAUAAACAAAUGCAAAGAGGGUUUAGAGAGCUCUACAGAAGCACUGUGGAAGCACUCCUUCCAAGAAAACCAAACGCAAUGAAUAGGAAACAUACUGCUCCUUUAAAUAACAGAAGAAUUACUAAUGAGCAAUGCGAAUUAGAAGAAACAUCUGCACCUUCUUCGACUUCUGAAGAAGACUUGCAUGAGAAUGACAUAAGAAAAAGAGUGAAUAGAACCCACCAGGAAGAAGUAUCUCAAAGAUUAAAACACCUCGGAGAUUCUUUAACAAAUUGAGAAAGAAAAUUUGGGAAUAUCAACAGAUCAAUUGAGCAUAUUAGACAGUCCUACAUGUCUUAA